CGACGACGUUCUUCGUCGCGAUCCCGCGCUUUCGAACCCACUCCGCAUUUACUCUCACCUGGACUUAAUUAUUGGGGCUGCAAAAAAACAAUACCAACAUAAAUAUUAAUCCAAGAGCAACCCCAAUAAUUUAAAGAUGUCCGGAAUCGCGGCAGCGGGUCUCGGAGCCCUCGCGACAAUUAAAUCCAGGGUUGAUGGGAAACUUGCUGAAAUGCGUAUCGAGAGAAGAAACCAGCGUGGAUAUGAAGAGUUUGCGAUGCCAAACAAUGAAAGUGCUAAAGACAACAUGGGAUUCGAACGAGACAAAGAUUUACAUCCCCGUGGGUCCUUCGACUCGCUGCCAGAACCCGAGAGACCGCCCUUACGUCACAUCGACACUUAUUGUAUGCCCGAGUGUCCUUGUUUGUCCAAGAGGUACACGAUCGCCACCCUCGCAUGCUUAGGUUUCGUUAUUUCUUUCGGUAUGAGGUGUAAUAUGAGCAUGGCUAAAUUAAUAAUGAAGAACGACACAAACAGUGAAGGGCAAGCGAAGUUUAAUUGGACCACCGGCACCGAGGGUUUGUUGGAUUCCUCAUUUUUUUGGGGAUACCUGGUGACUCAAGUGCCCGGUGGUUUUUUGGCCUCGCUUUAUCCUGCAAACAGGAUAUUCGGAAUGGCUAUUGCUGCGUCGUCAUUUUUAAAUCUUCUAGUACCUGGUGCUUUAUCUCUUCAUGCUGCUGCUGAUAUGUGUGUCCAAAUAUGCAAAGGACUUGUCGAGGGAGUAACUUAUCCAGCUUGUCACGGUAUAUGGAAAUACUGGGCACCGCCAUUAGAGAGAUCAAGACUAGCAACUCUCGCUUUUUGUGGUUCAUACGCCGCAGUUGUUAUCGGAAUGCCACUUUCUGCUUUACUGAGCAAUGCAUUCGGCUGGCAAGCGUCUUUUUACUUUUACGGCGUCUGCGGAUUAAUUUGGUGGUGCUUCUGGCUCUGGUUGGGAUUUGAACGCCCAUCGAAGCACCCUUGCAUUUCAGCCCAAGAAUUGCGUUACAUAGAAGACUCAUUGGGUCAAGCAGUAAACACGCAGCCGAUUCCCACCUUCUCGUCAACCCCUUGGCGUAAAUUUUUCACAUCGAUGCCAGUCUACGCAAUAAUUGUCGCUAAUUUUUGUCGUUCGUGGAACUUUUAUUUGCUGGUCCUGUUCCAGGCUCGAUUUAUGCACGAGUCAUUUGAUAUGCCUUUGGUUGAGACUGGAGUCAUUGGGUCGUUGCCUCAUUUGUUGAUGACAAUAAUCGUACCAUGCGGUGGAUUGCUUGCGGAUCACUUACGUAAAACGGGGAUGAUGACGACUACCAAUGUGAGAAAAUUGUUCAAUUGCGGAGGUUUCGGUAUGGAGGCAUUGUUUUUCCUGGUUGUUGCCAAUGCGACUACUCACAGAAAUGGCGCAGGUGCGACUGUAGCUCUGGCUAUUGGAGUCGCUUGCAGCGGGUUCGCUAUUUCUGGGUUCAAUGUCAAUCACCUUGACAUCGCGCCACGGUACGCCAGUAUUUUGAUGGGAAUGUCUAAUGGCAUUGGAACGAUUGCUGGGCUACUUGUUCCCUUUUUCGUUGAUACUGUCACCAGAAAUAAGGACGCAGAAAGUUGGAGAAAUGUCUUCAUAAUGGCGGCAUGCGUACACUUUUUCGGAGUAACAUUCUAUGGAAUUUUCUGUUCCGGUGAAUUACAACCGUGGGCUGACCCAGCACUAGACGAGCAAGGCAGUUGGAAUCCAUUAGAUGAUCUCGGGCAAAAUAAACCACCGAUACCGCCACCGCCCAAAGUUAUGCAAUCAGAAUUCAUCAAACAACCAUCGAUUGAUGCUAAUGCGGGCUGGAAUGAUAAUGAACAAACUGAAGCAAGUAUGCAUAGUAGCCAACCGGUAAUAAAUUACGGGUCAACGACAAAUAAUUCAAAUCCUUUUCAUUCGUCCAAUCCAUUCGCCAGCAAUCUACAGGAGAGCCAAGUUCAGCCACCGACGGUCGACGAUUACUCCCAUGAUGUCAUGCAGCAUCACCAGCAAUGGGAUUAA